GUGCUUUUGAAUCCAAGGUUUAGAUUCCUUAUAGUUCACGUGUAAGUUCAGGGAUUCUGUUCCGCCAUGGACUGCUGCUGCCCCUUCUGGCGCUUCUGCAGCGUCUUUGGAUGGGGCUCCGGUCAACAAGAGGCACGACAGAGAACUCCAGACGAAUUGCUGGAGGAGAUCUUCCAACAGUUUGAGGAGCCUGGUACUGGUGUGAUCCAGACCUCUCAUUUGACUGAUGCGCUGGCCAAAAUGAACCUGGAAGACUUUGAGGACGCUUCGGAUGACAUCGUUCGACAACCUCUGGAUUUGGCCGAUGUCCAUUUCGCGCAGAUGGACAAGGCAGACUUCGAGGUGGAGCUGUUGAAGAAGGUCCUCAACUCCCUGGGACACCCAGAGCGGCUCACUUUGCGAAGCUUUCAGCAGACGAUGAAGGAAGUGCUUGCUGGGUGGUGUGCCAGGGAGCAGGUACAGGAAGCAUUGCGCUUGGCACAAGUCUUUGAUCCCAAGAAGAUUGGUGUUCUUCCUCGGCCAAGCAUUGUCAAGAUGGUGCAGCUAUGGAGCAAGAGUUGCUUCUCAGAGAAGCAAUUGGAGGAGAUCCUGAAAGAUGUACCCUCCAAUAGUCAAGGCUUGGAAUAUCGCUACAUCAUUCCUUCCCUCCUUCCACUCAAGGCCAAAUACGACUUGGAAGACCCAAAGUCGUUGGCCAAGUUCCUCAUCGAUGCUAACAUCCGAUUAGUGCGUGCUGAGUACCUCUACAAGCUGCUCCGGUCAAAUAGGUGCAUGCCACGACGCCAAGAGGCAGAAGACGAAUGUUGUGAAGUCAAUGGUGCGGAGGUUUCAGCCUUGGUGUCCCACCAGGAAGUGGCAGAUUGGGCUUUGGGGCACCGGGAGGCGUUGAUUUGUUCGGUGUCUCACGCAUGGGAAGCUAGGGAGCACCCUGAUCCGUGUCGCUUCCAAUUGGAGAAUCUGGUGAGCUGUGUGGGAUUGUACGAUGCCGCAUAUUUUGAUGAUCUCUGGAUAUUUUACGAUUAUGUGUCCUUGUUCCAAUUUCAACGACACUCUGCUGAGCAAGAGGCCAGUUUCCGGCGGGCCAUGGGCAACAUGCACAUGCUGUAUGCUCACCAGAGCACCAUGACCUUCCGCCUUGAACGCCUCACACCUCUUCCUUUAUGGACUGCUCUGAAGGAAGAUUUCACGUACAAAGUCCUGGUGUACCAUGUGCCCAGCGGUGCAGUGGUGCCAGUUCCACUCAGCUUCCUGGUGCGAAACGGCAUUCUGUACCGAGGCCGCGGGUGGUGUCGCGCUGAGAUUGAAUGGUCUGCAACACGCGGCAUCCAACAGAAGAAUCUGGCUGUGGAUGGUGAGCCAGGCGAAAGGGGACGCAUGAAGAAGGUGCCAAUGGCUCCAGCAAUGUUCCAGAGGCAUAUGGACACUGCAGCCUUUACACAUCGGGAUGAUUCAAAGAACGUUGUGCAGCUUCAAAAGAAGAUUUUUUAUGACAAGGUCACAGCGCGAAAACAAUUGAAUCUGAUGGACUUGUCAGAAGCUGAUAUGAUUGAGCUCACUGCUUCGCUACUGCACUUCAAGGAGCUGAAGGUCCUGCGGAUCAAUAUUUUCUCAGCGGGUAAAGCUGAGGCCACAGCCUUCUUCCAGGCGCUGAAACCUUUGACCCUGGAGAAGUUGGUGCUGAACUCGGCAGUUGGGAGUGGCGUCCACGAGGCAAUCGCCAAGGGGCUUCCGCAGAUCAACUUCAGCUGUAUGUCCGAGCUGGACCUUGAGGACUGUAGGAUCGGGAACCUAGGCGCUCAGGCACUCGGGGAGGUGUUAAAGAAGAACGACACGAUCACGCAUCUCAACGUUCAAUCCAAUGAUCUUGGUCCUUUGGGCAUUGAGGUUUUGGCAGAAGCGCUCAGGCACAAUAGCACCCUCAGAGUCCUCAGCCUUCGGCAGAAUCACAUCGGAGAUGUGGGUGUCCAGGCAUUGGCAGAAGCGCUGAGCCAGAACAGAACGCUCACAGAGAUUUACCUCAACUGGGAGCAUCAGUCUGCUGUGGGCGUCCAGGCACUGCAGCAAGUUGAAGAACGCCUCAAGGCGAACAGAGAUGCUGCCCAGGCUACUGCAGAGGCUGCAGAAGUUUUUACAGAGAGAGAAGCAAGACGCCAGAGCAGAGAAGCAAGACGCCAGAGCAAUCGACCUGGACGUCCGCGCCUACAGGGACUUGCAAGAGCCUUGAAGGCUGACGGUAUCCAGAGGAAGAUCCACUUGAGUGGAGAAAACAUUGGAGAUGAAGAUCUUAAGGUACUUUGUGAUGCCUUGAAGCUCAACAACAGUGUUGAUGAGAUCGACCUCCAGCGAAAUCGAAUCACAGAUGCCGGCGUGAAGGCACUUGCAGAGGCACUGUGCCAGAACAAGCGCAUCACUUUGGUCAACCUUAUGCACAACGACAUCACUGACGGAGGCAUUGAGGUUUUGGCCGAAGUGGUGCGGUGCAGAGGAGGCUUCCGUAGCAUACUCCUUGGCUUCAAUCCCUUCGGCGAGACCGGGCGUCAGGCGCUCCAGCGAAUCAAAGAACGGUGCACGGAAUGAAGAAGUGCUUCUCAUCGGCUUGGCUGAGGAAGUAAGCUGUAUUACUAUGACAUCCAUACUUGGCUGCAAGGCGAUUCAGGGUAUCCUAAGCCACCAAGUCGUGGUCCUGAGGUCGGCACUUCGCUG